UCGCUAAACAUCCAGUCUGUUCAGUUCAGUACGUAGUUUCAGGAAUAAAACAGUGCCGCGAGUGCGAUUUCAUGAAAAACAAAGCAAAAAACUAUACAUCAACAGUUGAAAAUCAGUGGGAAAAUGGAAGUCACAGAAGAUCAAUUGUCAGAGGAACUGAAAUCAAAACGGAUUUGUCGAUUCUGCCUGACUCAACAGGAACCGCUGAGCGAUAUAUUUUCCUGUAAUCCAAUGGUUAGUGAAGGCGACAGCAGCUGCAAAUCGAAAACGACGCCUUUGACGCUACAAAUCAUGGCUUGCGUUUCAAUUGAGGUUUACAAAGACGAUGGCAUGCCGAGCACAAUUUGUAACAAUUGCCGUCAGUGGAUGGAUCAUUCGUACCGUUUUAAACAAAUUUGCAAGAAGGCUGAUACUUUGCUGAAAACCUAUCCACUAACCGGUGUUUGGCCCGAAAAAUUGGACGUCCCAGUUAAUCCAUUCAAUAGUGCACCACUGCUUCCAGCAAUUGGUCGACCGCCAGCAGUUCCAUAUCGCCUAACAAAAAUUCCGCCAGCCGAUGUAGGUGCGGGAAUUAGACACGUUCCCGUUACCAUCAAUCCCAUAGAGGAAGUAAAGCAGAUUAAGAAAGUGCCAAUACUGCAAGAAUCCUCGGUGAAAGCUCUCAAACCAACGAUCGAGCCCCAAGUUAAUCGGGAAGAGGAGGAAGAGCAUCAGCCGGAACACGAAAUUGAUAUCAAACCUAAAAUUGUUAAGUUGAGCAUUGAAGAUUUGAGAAACAUUAAGCAGGGCAGACCUAUCAAUAGUACACAAUUGAUCAAAAAGUCUCCAACAACUAGUGAAACUAGUGCAGAGCCACGUGUAUAUCCCACGCGUUUAGUUUCUGCUAAAACGUCACCGGUGAAAAUCAUUAAUGGUACUCUUAACAGUAACAACAAAAAGCCUGUUCUUUUGAACAGCUUUAAACCGGCUAAAAUAACCGAAGAACAUUUUGUGCACACUCCAGAAGGAACACUGGAAAUUAUUUCGAUGGAAGCUUCCGAGACAGAUCUUAUUAAAAAUGCUCCCCCUGUUGAGACGCACGUUUUUCCAUGCAAUGAGUGUGAAAGAUCUUUCCCGUUGCGUCAGUUGUUGGAGAUUCACAUGCAGAAUCACAAUCGCGAAAGAAACCAUCCGUGUGGAAUGUGCGAUAAACGAUUUUUUAGUAAGUACGAUUUGGCAAAACACAACCUGACGCAUACCGGAGAACGUCCAUUUGUGUGUGUUAUCUGUAAAUCUGCAUUCUCGAGAUCGACGCUAUUGACUCGUCACCAGAGGGUUCACCGGGACCAACCCAAGUACUUGUGCAUGUACUGUAACCGCACAUUCUUUUCGGACAAAGAAUUGCAGAAACACUCGGAGAAUCACCAGAAGAAGCGACCAUUCCAGUGCGGAAAGUGUCCGAAAAGAUUUGCAUACAAGCAGGGACUGGAACGACACGAAGUUACUCACGAAACGAAUCUCCCCUUUCCUUGUGAGCACUGUGAUCUAACGUUUGCCUCAGCUGGAAAAUUGGCACGUCAUCUAACGGCUCACGCUGGGAGUCGUCCAUAUCCCUGUCGAUUAUGUUCAAGAUCCUUCAUGCUGAGUCACCAUCUCACCAGACAUGUUCGCUCACACCGAGGUGGUCAGGGCGCAUACAAAUGCAACGACUGCUCGAACGUUUUCAACAGCCAGGACGAUCUCAUAUACCACUCAGCCAUUCAUGCUACCACCAGUUUAACUUGCCCACUUUGUCGCGAUCAUUUCGAAACGGUAGAGCUGGUCACAGAGCACAUCAAGCAUCACUCGGAGGGCACGCAAUUCGCGUGCGACUAUUGUGAUUUAUUGUUCACAAGCGAGCAACGGUUGGACACUCACUGUCAGGAGGAACAUUUGUCCGUCCUGGCAAUGGACCGCACGGAGGAAUCAUCCCAGUCAUUUGAACAAGUUAUCAUUGAGAAUAUUGUUAUUGGCAAGGAUGGUAGCAAGACGAUAACCACUAUCGUGGACGGAGAAAGGAAGGAGGAAAGAAAUGAACCGCAAAAUAUGGCGAUAAAGAGCGAGAUUUUCCUGGAAAAUGUUGAAUUGGAGGGUCAAGAGGAUGAGUUUCUCGAUGAAAAUAUUGACGAAGAACAAAUCGUUGAACAGGACUAUUACUACGAAGAAGAGGAAGAAACUGUUGAACAGCCGCAACAACAGUCUGAACAGACGUCGGGUAAAAGUUCAGUCAAAAUAGAAAAUAAAGCAUCACCGAUUAGUGCGCAGCGACAACCGUCGCCAUCGAAAACCGCUAAUUCUAAAUCUGUCGCUGCAUCAAGCUCACACAAAACCACUCAACAGAAACUGGAUUCAUUCCUGAAGAAGGUACAAAAAGAUUCCAAGCCAUCCGUUACAAAAACUGUCGGUGAAGUGCUGAAAAGUUUACCCAAAGGUGUGGUAAUUAAAAGACCAGCAACUUCCACAGUCACUGUUCCCGUGGAUAAAAAAGUCGAACCUGUACCUGUGGUUACUGCGAAAACUACAUCUCCGAAAAAAGCUUCAGCCCCAAUCGCCAAUCAAAAGAAACUUCCCGUCGUUACAUCACCAGACAAAGGACAACACAAGUCUCCCACGAAACAAAUUAAAACUUACUCAGAUAAGCAACAACCGAAGAAAUCUAUCCCUAGCACUGGGACCAAACGACCCCUCGAGGAGGAUUCUAAAUCGGCCCCUGCUGCUAAAAGACAAGCUGUUGAAUCUAAGAAACAAUCGCCUAGUACUUUAUCAAAUAGUAAUCCAAAAGUAUUAGCCAAACCCGUUUCCAAGCCUAGUGAGGUCGAAACGGGUGCAACGAAAAAGAACAAAACGUUUGAGAUGAAAAUUGGGAACAAGAUGGUAAAAGUUCAGAAGGUGGUGAUGACUAAAGCCGAAGUAGCUGCUAUGGCUCGCGAUGGCAAAAUAGAGAUGCAAGGCGAUACGAUGAUACUGAAACAACCGAGAGCGAAGAAGUAGUACUGACAAGCAGCAUGUUUAAGUUAAGGAUAAUGUAAUUUUGCAUAAUUUGCAUUUAUAUUAUUUGUUGAAUAAACAUUUUACGAAUUCGUAA